AACUACAGUAUUUCAAUGGAGGGAUAAAGAAAAUGAAGACGUCAAUGGGAAUGCUAUCUCUCGUUCUCCUGGAUCUUCUCAAUCUUAGAGUUGGAGUUGGACCAUGAGGGAGCUGCGAUUUACGACGUCCUUGUCCCGACAUGUGCUACGCAGAUACCUUAUCGCUACUGACUUUGAGAGGAGGUGGCUGGCCACGAAGAGCAGAAAUGGAGCUACGAGGAUUAUAGAACAGGAAGUAGCAGAAAUCCAUCCAAGGAAGAUGCUUUUGAAAUGCAUCCAAAAUUCUUCUUGUUCUGCAUUUCAAGAUCCAUUUACUCGGAGCUGGAGAUGGAUUUCUGUCUCGUGCCGCUUCGCUGUUAGUAGCUUAAAAUCUUGUGUGAGGUAUCAUCGUGACGAAACACUACGACGACCUAAGGCAGUCUGCACUGAACUCUGUGCGAGGUUUAUUGUAUGGUUCUUAUUGUGCCUCUUCUAAGACCAGCGUCAGUCUUGACGCGGGACCAUGGCCCAAGGCUCCGAGGGUUCCCAGGCUAUGUCCACAAAGAACGACCGUGUCGAAAGCAGGGGAACGGAAUAUUAGCUCUUCGUCUCGACACAAGGAAGCGAAGGUGCUGGCGACAAGCAGAGGAGUGGCAUCUUCACCGUCGACUGCUAGUGGCAAGAGGAAGGAUAAGAAGACCGCUCAGGAGAGUGAAUGUGAGGCUGAAGAGUCAUCUUGCUCCGGGACCCCUGAGGAAAAAGUGUCGACAUGGACAGCAAGCCGAGAGCAUCUUCCAGCCUCGGGGAUCUUGAGCGAUGACGCACGUGCCGGGAACGAUCUACAAGCGAACAAGCUAUCCUUGCAAGAGCGACAAGAGGCCGCAUCACAGACAGAAAGCCUGGCGCUUGAAACCUUGAAGCAGACCCGUGCAGAGCUUCUAGCGACGAAGAGGAUGCUGCAACUGAAGGAGAUGAAAUUAGAACGCGCCAAUCGUUUUUUAGCGAGCCAAAGACGCUCGUUUGAUGAAGAGUUGAAUGAUACGGUAAUAUAUACUUAUUGUGACUUACGAUCUUCAUAGAGCGGAAGCGGUAAGAUUUUGCUUCACUGAAGAUUUAGCUUUUCACUCCCGUGUAGUCUCGGACCUAGUUUUUUCAAACAGGAGACUAAAAAUCUGCGGACGAAUGAUGCGGCUGUUCAAAAUGCCAGGUAUUCACCCGUGUCUCAGAUCUGGUCAGCGCGUUAGACGUUGUGGAAGAGAGGGAAGCUGCAUUUGCUGCCGAAAAGGAGCAUUUUCAGAGCAUGUUUGAGGCUUUGAAAGUGAAAGAAGAGAGCAUAGAAAGAGAUCGCGCAUCCUUGGAGGAAGAGAAGGCGACGCAGAUCGACACGCUUUUAGAGUACGUCAAUGGGCCAGAGGGAGUGGCAAUUGGCGACCACUCGGAGCAACCUGAAGUAAAUGAAAGUGAAUCACACGAACAUAUUGGUGACUCUGAGCAACCUGAAGUAAAUGAAAGUGAAUCACACGAACAUAUUGGUGACUCGGAGCAACCUGAAGUAAAUGAAAGUGAAUCACACGAUCCUACAACUGUUAAGGGUAGGUUAAAGGUGCUUUUCUUACCGCUUUUUAUGCCUCUCUCCCUUAGGAUGAGAAAGGCAUAAAAAGCGGGGUAAGCGAGCACCAAAAACCUACCUCUAAAACUGUAACAACUACGGAGGUAAAGGUUACGCGAGAAGAGUUUGUCAUGAGAGCUGUUAGGGAGAAGGUUACUUUUGCAGAGACAGCAGGGCAGGAAAGCAAAAGCAUUCAGCAAGCAAAUGUUGAGGCGUCUCACUCUUCUUCUCCUUCUUCUUCUACGGUGGCACAAAGUCCACCUUGUUCUGCUUCUUCAACAUCACCACAACCUCCACUAUCUCCUGAGGCCGCAUCCAAAAGUGAAGAUGCAGUGUUCUUGUCCAAAAGUGAAGAUGCAAUAACCAGAGGAGAAAGCGGCCCUGCAGAAAGCAGUGACAACAGUGGCGGGAAAAAUAAUGAUCCACUUACUUCUUUUGGUAGUAGCAGCACAGCUGGCGCAACUUCUUUCCUUUCCGGAACCAAACCAACGACAACUAGUAAACGUAGUACAAAUUAUAAUUAUGGGUUUGUUCCGAAUUGCAUUCCUCACUACCAUCCCUAACUCUUUUCCUAGUAGAAAAGAGGCCAGGAUGAAUUAUGUGCUGAAGAGUGUAAAAACUCCGUAACCUCUAAACAAGUGCCUCUGAGAGUUCAUGGCGUAUGCGUAUGGAGGAUUGGAAACAUAGAAUAAGGGAACAGGAUCUUCGCGAGGAACUCUCACAAGUGCGAAGAAAAUACGAAUUCGAGAAGAAGAGUAUGGUGUUAUGAAGAUUAUAAGGUCGUGUAUACAGAGCUGUACUACUGGGUGACCCCACAGGUAGACGCUUAUAGCGACACAAGAGGCACCAUGACAUGGCAUGACAUGACAUGGUUAGUAGGUUUGAGUUCUUGUCAAGAAUGUUGAUGUCAAAUGUCAAACAGUUGUAUUAAUGGUCAGAGCUUCAAUUCAUUGCGCUUGUUGUUGUGGGUAGACCGAUAUAGACUCGACCCCCAAGACACAAGGUAACAAGAAUGCUGAAAUCUAUCGACCUUUGUAUUUUCUAAGACAAGCAAGCGCAGUGACACCUAGACACCAAGACGCAUUGCAAAGGAUGCUAAAGGCAGCCGAAGUAGACGGCGAGAAGCUAUGUCGAGAGAGUGCCGUAUUGUCUUAAGGCUAGAAGUAAUAUUGACUCAUGGUGGUCAUUCUUUUAGGGGGACACUUUCAGGCUGCAAGGGGGACUAUGUAUCUUCGAGUGAGAAGCAAUAACAGUAGAGGGGUACUACAUACGCACUCCGCAUAGGGAUUAGGGUUUAGCCCUAAAAAAUGAACAGUUAUGACAGGAGCUGCUCUAAUGAUCUAGUAAUCCCGAUGAAGCAGAAUGGCUGUGUCAGCUUCGGAAAGCGGAAGGGGAAGGCGCUCAAGAAGAAAUCUUGCGACUUCUUACUUGUAGACUAGAAGAACUUGUUGGUCUGCAAGGAGAGGGGAGGAAAAAGAAGACUUCUGGUUCCACCUCGUCUGUUGAGCUUGCUGAACGCUUCUUGCGCGUGCCUCUUAUGUUGCAGGAGAGCAUCAGGAGAGCAUUUUCCUUCUUUGAUAGUGAGAAUUUAUAUUAAGUUAAUAAUUGUUAUAGAAGAUGAAGUAGUAGGCUUUUGAUAGAUACUAUCAUGAAGAUACUCAUGAUCAUGUGUAGUCGAUUUUACAAAAGAAGACUUUGCGGCCCUCCUUCAGAAGCUUUCGGCUUUUGGAAGAUUCAAUUUCAGCAGAAGACUACAUGCUGGCGUAUGCUAGUCUUCUAAAUUCACCGACUCUCUCGCGGAGUGUUUACGACCCCUCUCGUUCGCUGACGCUCCAUAUACUUACGGGAAGCUAGUACAGGAGUAUCUGCUUCGAUGGGUCGACACCAUGUCGAUGGCGGACUUGUGCACAGUUACUUUAGCUUUGGCGGAUUCAGGCACUUUCUCGGAAACAGCAAGGCAGGUCGCGACAGGAGAAAACAGAGAAGCAAGGGUAGGUGGCACGACCACAGACGCUGCGCCACUAGGCUUAAGACAGCGUUCAUAAAUCCAAGAAGAUGUUGAUUUUUGGUCCGUUUUUUUUAAAAAGAGAAAACGGAGACGAAGUAAGACGCUCCCGAAAUGCUUGGAUUUCUGGCGACUCUAAUAAAGUCGAGAGGCAAGAGCAAGCCUCUGGUCGUUUAUCCUACGAGAACAUCAGGAGUGGAAAAUGUUUUCGACAGUGCUGUACUCAAGAAAACUG